AUGCCCCAAUUCCCCAUGCCCCAAUUCCCCAUGCCCCAAUUCCCCAUGCCCCAAUUCCCCAUGCCCCAAUUCCCCAUGCCCCAAUUCCCCAUGCCCCAAUUCCCCAUGCCCCAAUUCCCCAUGCCCCAAUUCCCCAUGCCCCAAUUCCCCAUGCCCCAAUUCCCCAUGCCCCAAUUCCCCAUGCCCCAAUUCCCCAUGCCCCAAUUCCCCAUGCCCCAAUUCCCCAUGCCCCAAUUCCCCAUGCCCCAAUUCCCCAUGCCCCAAUUCCCCAUGCCCCAAUUCCCCAUGCCCCAAUUCCCCAUGCCCCAAUUCCCCAUGCCCCAAUUCCCCAUGCCCCAAUUCCCCAUGCCCCAAUUCCCCAUGCCCCAAUUCCCCAUGCCCCAAUUCCCCAUGCCCCAAUUCCCCAUGCCCCAAUUCCCCAUGCCCCAAUUCCCCAUGCCCCAAUUCCCCAUGCCCCAAUUCCCCAUGCCCCAAUUCCCCAUGCCCCAAUUCCCCAUGCCCCAAUUCCCCAUGCCCCAAUUCCCCAUGCCCCAAUUCCCCAUGCCCCAAUUCCCCAUGCCCCAAUUCCCCAUGCCCCAAUUCCCCAUGCCCCAAUUCCCCAUGCCCCAAUUCCCCAUGCCCCAAUUCCCCAUGCCCCAAUUCCCCAUGCCCCAAUUCCCCAUGCCCCAAUUCCCCAUGCCCCAAUUCCCCAUGCCCCAAUUCCCCAUGCCCCAAUUCCCCAUGCCCCAAUUCCCCAUGCCCCAAUUCCCCAUGCCCCAAUUCCCCAUGCCCCAAUUCCCCAUGCCCCAAUUCCCCAUGCCCCAAUUCCCCAUGCCCCAAUUCCCCAUGCCCCAAUUCCCCAUGCCCCAAUUCCCCAUGCCCCAAUUCCCCAUGCCCCAAUUCCCCAUGCCCCAAUUCCCCAUGCCCCAAUUCCCCAUGCCCCAAUUCCCCAUGCCCCAAUUCCCCAUGCCCCAAUUCCCCAUGCCCCAAUUCCCCAUGCCCCAAUUCCCCAUGCCCCAAUUCCCCAUGCCCCAAUUCCCCAUGCCCCAAUUCCCCAUGCCCCAAUUCCCCAUGCCCCAAUUCCCCAUGCCCCAAUUCCCCAUGCCCCAAUUCCCCAUGCCCCAAUUCCCCAUGCCCCAAUUCCCCAUGCCCCAAUUCCCCAUGCCCCAAUUCCCCAUGCCCCAAUUCCCCAUGCCCCAAUUCCCCAUGCCCCAAUUCCCCAUGCCCCAAUUCCCCAUGCCCCAAUUCCCCAUGCCCCAAUUCCCCAUGCCCCAAUUCCCCAUGCCCCAAUUCCCCAUGCCCCAAUUCCCAUGCCCCAAUUCCCCAUGCCCCAAUUCCCCAUGCCCCAAUUCCCCAUGCCCCAAUUCCCCAUGCCCCAAUUCCCCAUUCCCCAUCCUUGAACCCCACAGAGUGGGGGGCCCUACUACCUCAUCGGCCACGCGCUGGGGCCAGAGCUACAUUCUGGGUGCGGUGGAAACUCUACUCGACGCCAUGCCCCAAAUGGCCCUCUUCCCUCCACAAGCCAUGACAGUGACGGUGCAGGCAGCAGUGAACGCGACUGAAGCCGCCGUCAACGGCACCAUGGCUGCUGCACCCGCAGCAGCAGAAACGGUGCUGUCUGUAUCCAGACACGACAUGCAGGCAUACGGCAUCAUCACCACCAUCUGCCUGUGCCUCAUCGUCUUUGGCGGAGUGCAUCUGGUGGACCGCGUUGGAUCGCUCUUCAUCAUCCCGGCCGUCCUCGCUGUCAUCUCCGUCUUCAUCGGCAUAUUUCUUUCUCCAGAUGCCGAGUCACCAGAUGUGCACUUUCACUGA